UGUUGGAGAGAGGGGAGCUAAGAGUCAGGCCUGUGAAUACUGCAGCCUCAGCCGGACGCAGUGAACUGCCCCCCCCCACCCAUCGUUGUGGUGUCCUCCCCUCCCCCUAUUCGCUCUCUCACUCUCUCUCUCUGUGUGCACCUCUAGCUUUGGUAGCAGUAGUCUUGAGCAUCCUUGCUGCUGCUGCUGCUGCUAUAAAUAUCUGCUGGUAGCCGUAGAGUGGCAGAGGGAGCAGGCAGGCCAGAGGGAGGUGUGCAAGACCAGAGGACGGGACGGGACAGGACAGGGGAAAGAGAUCUGAGACUGAGUGGAUAAGGAGAUGACACGGUCGCGCUCAAAAAAGACCGGAGAGGAGCUGCUUAGUUAGCUCUAAGAAAGAGGAAGAUUGUGUGUUUUUUGUGUGUGUUAAUGCUUCCCGCGGCUCUGUUAUUGGCCUGGCCCGACUUGGAAGUGAAACAUGGGCCUAAACGUGGCACGGAGCACAUUCUGGUGCUGCAGAGUUGAGCUGAGUUGAGCCGAGUUGACAUGAGGACCCACUAGUGGAGACCGGAGCCUUGCGACGCCGCCCCCUCUAAACGCAGGGCGUUCGCUCGCGUCACACCAGAACCCCCAUCGGAACACGUCCGGCUGCUGGUCAGCAAGUUUCGCGCGGAGAUGCGGGCCGGCAUGGGCCGGGGCGGGGCUGAGAUGUCAUGCUCCUCUGUUGCUGGUGGUGCCUGAGGCCAGAGGCGGUGGAGCUGGAGAGCAGGAGGGUGGACCACCGCGUGCUGAACUGCGAGGCCAGUGCCUCCCCCGCCAUCAGAGCCGUGUCCCUCGACCAGUGGGAGCCGGAAACAGCCAACACGGCCUUGCAGCCGUCCCAGAGUGUGAAGAAUUCAAGCUAUAGUCUACCAUCCUACCACCCCUACAGCAACAGCUAUGACUACUCCGACCAGAGCAGGCAGAGUGAGCGCUCGGGCCUCUGUGGACUCUCCAACCUCGGCAACACCUGCUUCAUGAACUCUGCUGUGCAGUGUUUAAGCAAUAUCCCUCCUCUGACGGAGUACUUCGUCAAAGAUAAGUUCACAGACGAGCUGAACAAGGACAACCCGCUGGGCAUGAAGGGGGAGAUCGCCAAAGCCUACGCCGAUCUAAUCAAGCAGAUGUGGUCGGGAAAAUUCAGCUACGUCACGCCAAGGCCUUUCAAGACCCAGGUGGGCCGCUUUGCCCCACAGUUUUCGGGCUACCAACAGCAGGACUCUCACGAGCUGCUGGCCUUUCUCCUGGACGGCCUUCACGAAGACUUGAACCGCAUCAGGAAGAAGCCCUACAUCCAGCUAAAGGACGCCAACGGCCGGCCAGACAAGGUGGUGGCGGAGGAGGCAUGGGAGAACCACGUCAAGAGAAAUGACUCCAUCAUUGUGGACAUCUUCCACGGCCUUUUCAAGUCCACCCUGGUGUGUCCUGUGUGCUCCAAGGUCUCUGUGACCUUUGAUCCUUUCUGCUACUUGACCCUGCCCCUGCCCAUGAAGAAGGAGCGCACCCUAGAGGUGUACCUGGUCAGACUGGACCCUCUGGCCAAACCCACACAGUACAAGCUGACCGUGCCGAAGGUGGGCUACAUCUCCGACCUGUGCACCUCCCUCUCCAACCUGUCUGAGGUGUCUGCUGAGAAGAUGAUUGUAACUGACAUCUACAACCACCGCUUCCAUCGGAUCUUCGCCACCAAUGAGAACCUCAGCAGCAUCAUGGAGAGAGACGAUAUCUAUGUAUUUGAGUUGGCGGUGAACAGGGUGGAGGACACGGACCACGUGGUGAUCCCGGUGCACCUGAGGGAGAAGUACAAGCAGUCCGGCUACAACCACACCAGCACGCCGCUGUUCGGACAGCCCUUCCUGCUCGCCGUUCCCAGAACCCUCAGCGAAGACAAGCUGUACAACAUGCUGCUCCUGCGCCUCUGCCGCUUUGUGCGAUCUUCAGUUGAGGAGGAUGAAGAGGCAUGUCAAGAGACGUCCAAGCAACACGCUGUCAACGGCAACGGCACUAAUGGUCUGCAGGAGGAGGGGUCGCCAAGCGAGAUGGAAACCGACGAGCAGGACGAGGAGUCCAGUCAGGAUCAGGAGCUGCCCUCCGAGAACGACAACAGCCAGUCGGAGGACUCCGUGGACAACGAGCUGGAGAACGGCGUGGUCGGCCCGCAGAACUCCACCAAACAGACCGCGGGGCGCAGCCGGAAGAGACUUUUUACAUUCCAGUUCAAUAACAUGGGGAAAACGGACUUCUCCCUCAUCAAGGAGGACACCAGGCAAAUCCGCUUUGAUGAGGGACACCUCCGACUGAGCGACCGCUCUUAUCUCUCCCUGGACUGGGAACCAGAGAUGAAGAAGAAGUAUUUUGACGAGACUGUCGUCGAGGACUUUGACAAGCAUGAGAGCAUGGAGUACAAGCCUCAGAAGAAGGCUUUCUUCAAGCUGAAGGACUGCAUUGAACUUUUCACCACGAAGGAGAAACUGGGAGCCGAGGACCCAUGGUACUGCCCAAGUUGUAAGCAGCACCAGCAGGCCACCAAGAAGCUGGACCUGUGGUCCCUGCCGCCGGUGUUGGUGGUCCAUCUGAAACGCUUCUCCUACAGUCGAUACAUGAGGGAUAAACUGGACUCCCUUGUUGAUUUUCCACUCAGAGACCUGGACAUGUCAGAGUUCCUCAUCAACCCCAAUGCCGGGCCCUGCCGCUACGACCUCAUCGCUGUGUCCAACCACUACGGCGGGAUGGGUGGAGGCCACUACACGGCUUACGCCAGGAACAAGGACGAUGAGAAGUGGUACAACUUUGACGACAGCAGUGUGUCUCCCGCCAACGAAGAUCAGAUCGUGUCCAAAGCCGGCUACGUGCUCUUCUACCAGCGCCAGGACACGGUGAAAGGCACCGGCUACUUUGCUCUCGACCGUGAGGAGGAGGACGAGGGGGAGGGGGAGGAAGGAGAAGAGGAAGAGGAGGAGGGAGAAGAUGAGGAGAAUAAAGGCGAGGAGAGGACGGAUAGAAAAACCCCGUCGUUCACUAAAGGUGCCUCUUCCAGCGCCGCCGCAUCGGCCGGUGCUCAGAGCGACGAAGAGGACCUGAACGAGAACCGGCGCAGGAUGAACAACAACGAGCAGGGAGAUGAGCAGCAGAAGGAGGAGGAGGAGGAGGAGGAGGAGGAAGAAGAGGAAGAAGAGGAGGAGGAGGAGGAGGAGGGAGCGGCCCCCAUUCGAGAUGUCACCAUGAAAGGCAACUGAGGGCUACAGAGGACACGAAUAAAAGGAAAGAGAGAGACGAGAAUCUUUCCAUCCACAGCCAUAAGGACACAGCAUGGCAGCGGGCGCCAUCAGUCUCCACCCAGCAGCUCGGACUCGGCCACUCGACAGGCUGAGCCGCUGCGGGGGGGAGGGUACGCACCUCUUAAGGAAUCAGAGCCCGUGUGUGUGUGUGUGUGUGUGUGUGUGUGUGAGAGAGAGUGUCGACCACGUCCAUUUGUUUUUGUAUUUGCUCACCUACUCUCUGAAAAGAGUCACUAAAGGACGUUGGGGGAUGGAUUUAGACCCCCACCCCUCCACUUCCUUUUUUGUGUUUUUUUUUAUUUAUAUAUAUCUAAUUUUGAGAGCAAUGCAUUAUUGGAAUAUCAUUUUUAUUAUUAUCCUUUAUAACUUGUAAAUAUUUUAAACACUGAAUUCUAUCGGGUUCUCAUGAUGCGCUGAAACCUUUUGAACUUCACCAAUGAAUUUUCAUGUAUUAUUACCAGACAUACUGCUAUCGUCUCCGCCGUCAUGGGCUUAGGAAGCUGCCUUCAGUGAGACGUGUGUACAGAACUUCUGCUCAUAGCUGGUUUUAUAAAGUGUCAAACAGCCAAACUGUCUUAGCUUUGUGAUGCUGCUGCUGCGAUCUUGUGUUUUUAGACAUCAUUAGACAGAUGUUUGUGUUUCAGCAAGAUCUUUGGUGAUUUAUAGGCCCUGCUUCUGCUGCCACUCUGUGGUCUCUGCUGUCUACUGAAAGGAAAAGGGGAUUCAAAGGUCACCUAGGUAACUUUUGCAUAGAAUAAUCAUAAUCUAACUUUGCACAUUUGAUUGGCAAACAUGAAUCAGUAAAACAAGUUUCACUCUUGUCUUAAUAAACUCAACAUCAUUUGCAACUCUUACAAAAGAUGUGUUUGAAAGUUAGCUGGCCGACUCUUAAAUCCUCCGCCAUGAAUCACCUCAUCAACUAUUCCUCUAAGUUAUUCAUAGGUGGGUGUUUAAGGCUUUACAUGGCUCACCCGUCCCUCUCCCGUUCUCUCUCUCUGCUCUUCUUAUUUCGAGGCACUGAGAUUAGGAACAUCUGUGAUUUUGCUGACAUUGGAUGGAUCAUUUCUUGUCUGGGAUCACCUCGGCCUUACCUACCUGCACCAACACGUGUGCACGAAUGUCCGUCUCAUUUGUCUGCUCGUUCCAUCGGCAGCCAUGUCAUCUCGCCAUGAGAGGACCAGAAUGUACGCUCGAUAGUGUGAACACAGACCAGACGUAUGUGGUAUUUUUGGCUCCCCGCCUUGAUUCUGGUUGAAUGUGAUGCUUUUAGGGGAUGGAGGGAGUGAGUCUGCCCUAAAAAGGCCGAUUGGCUUUUGGGAAUGUCAGGCAGUGAACAUAUUUAGUGGCGGACUGUUGCAAGAUAUUCCUCCAUCAGUCACUCGUGAAACUAUUCUCCAUGGAGGACUGUUGUGGUUUUCUUUUUUUUCUUCUUUUUAAUUCUUCCAUUGUAAACCGCAUCAGUGUAGCUGUUGUUGCCUCCAAAUAUUACCUGUGUACCAUGCCUUCAUUAGGAUGUCUGUGCGUCACUGCCUCAGCGCUGCCUUUUGGGAACCCCCCCUCGCUCCAUCCUGACUGAGCGAGACGUGAUUGCUGCUAUAGGCUUAUACAAUACUGUACAUAAGAGUUCACUCUGUGAGUGCACGUUUGAUAAAGUUUAUUUAUUUAAUAUGUAAGCGUUUAAUAAUAAACAGACUAUAUUUAAAACCAUGGCAAGAUCUGACAUCUCGCGGGGUGGUGGGGUGUGACUCCACGCGUACACACUGGUUUGCCGGGUCUUGCCUCUUGCUCUUGUCAGGGAGGGAAUAUUUUUCCACAAAAAAAAAAAAAACGUAAUGAUUGAAAGGGAUGAUUCUGUUUUGGGUCUCUUUGUAAAAAGAAUCCAGACAUCCUUGCAUGAAGACAUGAUGAGGGAGUUCCGGGGUUGGCUGCACUUGAGUUCACUUGGGUUUACAUUUGAAAUGUGCAUGUGUACUUACACACAAUCUUCAAUAAAGUUGUGUAAAGCUUC